AUGUCCGUCUCAGUCUGUCGUUCAAGAAAAACACCACUACUAGCUCUCCGAUCCGAUCAACAUACAACAACGUCAACAGCCUGGGCGGAUUCAACCGUCCAAGGUCCUUGCAUUGCACUGAGGAGAGCACCGUGGUACGUUGGGUGGGCGCCGGAAGCCCCGGAGUUAAUGGCCGGAGUCCCCCAGGCAAAAAAGACUAGGCCAAGCUGCUAUCUACAAAUCGGGUGUGCAAACUACGGUGGGGAAUCGGGAUAUGGCCUGUUCCCCUCUGAAUACCCGGCAAGAGCUGGCCAAGAACUGUGGCCAGUUCUUGUGGCCAGUUCUUGUGGCCAGUUCUUGUCCGGCGAUGGUGUCGAGAAACAGCUGGGGAGGGGCACCGAUUUGAGCAGAGCGAACGAGCACUUCUCGGCUUCACUCGCUGCCAAUCAAGUCGGGGCUCCUUCCUGA